UAUGCUUCGGUUAACAUUUACCACAUUCUAUCAUCGAAAAAAUCGGAAGUACGAUGCUCGGAAUAUCACGAUAUGUGAAAAUAUUAUUAUUUCUAUGUAUUUGUUCUACGAUCUUUUGUACGAUUUUUGUUACUUUUCCGAAUCUUCUCCGAAAAAGAGUUAAUAGGGAAGUAUCUGCAAGGAAAACGGACCACCAAGAACAAACAAAGGAAGGUUUAGCAAUACUAUUAAGAAAACGAAAUUAUACAAACAGACAGAUCGGUAAGAUGUCUUUGCUAGGAAGAUGGCUCUUGUCGUCGGAAGGAAGUUUGCCACCACCAAUAAUAAAUAAGAAAAAGGAACCAUAUUUGAUUUUAAUUUGGAAACAUGGAAAAUUCUUGGAACGUAGACACAUCAAACGUUUUACAAAUAAAAAGUUUUCACCAUGGAAAAAUUGUACAGUAAAACAUUGUGUACUGAGUUACCGAUCGAAAGAUUUAAAUAUAGCGGACGCAGUUGUGUUUCAUUUGCAUCUGACACAGAGUAUGUUAGAAUUACCAACUAGGACUCGAUGGAAUCAGAGAUGGAUCUUUUUGACUGAUGAAUCACCAUUGCAUACUUUUCUUUAUGGAAAUCAGGAAUUGUUCAAGUAUAAUGGUUUAUUUAACUGGUCGAUGACCUAUCGAGUGAAUAGCGAUGUGCCAGUACCUUAUGGCAGAACGAUUUCUAAAUCCUUUAUAAAUUCACCAGAUAUCAAUUUUUCGAAGGAUUUGAUAAAAAAUUUAAAAACUAAGUUAAUUACUAUAAUGGGUAGCAACUGUGCGGGCACGAAUGGACGAUGGAAUUAUGUGAAUGAACUAAAAUUGAUCUUUGGUAAUGAUCUUGAUAUAUAUGGAAAAUGUCUAAAUGGUAAUGUAACCGCAUGUCCGGGUCAUUUUGACAAAGAUUGUUCUGUUUUAAAUGCAUACAAGUUCUAUCUCGCUUUCGAAAACUCAAACUGUAAAGAAUACAUAACUGAGAAAGUAUUUUGGCAUGGUUAUCACAAAUUAGCGAUUCCAGUCAUAAUGGGUGCACCAAGGAAAGAUUGUGAAAAAUUGCUACCGCCACAUUCAUUUCUUCACGUUGACGAUUUUGCUAAUCCGACAGCAUUAGCAAAUUAUAUUCGUUAUCUUAAUCAACACGAUGAUAAGUAUUUCGAAUUCCACGAAUGGCGUAAAUACUAUAAAGUAAUCAAUGAACAUGGUUAUUUCGGCAGUAUUUCGCGACAUUAUUGUCGUAUUUGUGAAGCUCUUCAUUAUAAUUUUCCUGUCGUUAAAGUAUAUGAAGAUAUAGAAUCAUUUUGGAACAAAAAACAAGAUUGCAUUCUUUGA